CUUAAUGGAGCAAACUCCAACCCAGAUGGGAGAAGAAGCUGUAAGGUGGGCAAAACUGAUCAUUCCUCUGGUCGUCCACUCAGCUCAUAAGGUGCAGUUACGUGGUGCCACUGCUCUGGAGAUGGGCAUGCCACUGCUUCUCCAGAAACAGCAGGAGGUAGCGGCUGUCACCGAGCACCUCAUGACCACAAAAUUAAUUUCAGAACUUCAGAAAUUGUUUUCUACAAAAAAUGAGACGUACGUGUUAAAAUUAUGGCCGCUGUUUGUCAAAUUACUUGGGAAGACCCUGCAUCGUAGUGGCAGUUUUAUCAACUCCCUGCUGCAACUGGAGGAACUUGGAUUUCGUAGUGGCUCACCAGUGGUAAAGAAAAUAGCCUUCAUUGCAUGGAAGAGUCUAAUAGAUAAUUUUGCUCUAAAUCCAGAUAUAUUGUGCAGUGCUAAGAGACUGAAGUUGCUAAUGCAGCCGCUGAGCUCCAUCCAUGUGAGAACAGAGGCUUUGGCACUGACGAAGCUGGAGGUCUGGUGGUACUUACUCAUGAGGCUGGGACCUCAGCUGCCUGCAAACUUUGAACAGGUUUGUGUACCGUUAAUCCAGAGUACUUUGAGUCUAGAUCAUUCUGCAGCAUUGCAAGGAACUCCCUCACGUCUACCAGCCAACCAAAGUUUAACCUCAGCAACCCCUGCACAGAAAUCAGGUCCUUUCCCGUUUCCAAGUCCAGUCACACCGAGGAUGACCUUGAAUUCUAGUACAGCAGGAGUGGUGGCGAUUCCUUCCAUCCAGCUUUUGGGAAUUGAAAUGCUGCUUCACUUCUUGAUGGGACCAGAAGUUUUAGAUUUUGCUAAGCAAAACAAACUUGUGCUUAGUUUAGAGCCUCUCCAGUACCCGCUGAUCAGUAGCCCUUCUUUUUUUUGUAAGCAUGCCAGCACACUUAUCAAUGCAGUUCAGGAUGGCUUUAUUGCAAUUGGAAAAGAAGUUUCUGAUUGUAUGCUGAAUGUUAUAUGGAAAGACAUAACUGGAUAUGUAAAAACAGCUAUUGAAUCAGGCAAUAAGAAGGAAAAGCAAGGGUCAGAAAUACUGACCAUGUUGCUUCAGGCCUUAAAAAACAUCGUUAGAUCAAAUUGUCUUCCUGUGCAGAAAGUACUGUCACUCAUUGAUAUUACUGUUAAGGAAUUGCCUCCAAAAGUAUUGGGAUCACCAGCUUAUCAGGUUGCUGAUAUGGAUCUUUUAAAUGGAACACCAGCUUUGUUCUUAAUCCAGCUGCUCUUCCACGAUAACCUCUUGGAAUGCUGCGUAACAGAUGAGAGAUUCUUUCUAAUUCUGGAAACGCUCGUGGGUUAUGUUUUGUCUGGGCCUACGUCUCCACUGGCUUUCAGUGAGUCCGUGAUCUGCAUUAUUAAUGAGAGUGCAAAGCAAGUGGAAAAUAAGGAGCAUCUCUGGAGAAUGUGGAGUAUUGUUGUUAAUCCACUAACCGAAUGGAUUAAUCGGACUAAUGAAGUAAAUCAGGGUGAUGCACUGGAGCACAACUUCAACGCUGUUUAUAGUGCAUUGCUGCUACCAGUGUCACACAUCUUCCCCAGUCAGGAAUUUCCACAGCCAACUAUGAAAUCCUUGUUGCGCACUUGGUCAGACCUGUAUAGAGCAUUUGCUCGCUGUGCCGCUUUAGUGGCAACAGCAGAAGAAAACCUAUGCUGUGAAGAACUUUGUGCCAAAAUAAUAUCUGGGCUAGAAGGUGAAACUCCAGUAAUGUUUUCAAUGAUGGAUGGUCUCACCCAUAUUAUAUCAGUUAUGGUUGACUGCAUCAACUUUGCACCGUAUGGUACUAAAUAUCAGCCAAAAAACAGAUCUCCACAGACACCUACAGAUUGGUCUAAGAAGAAAAAGGAACCCCUUGGAAAGCUUGCCUCUCUAUUUAAACUCCUGGUGAUGUUACUAAACUCUUUCCAUGUGUUCAGUUCCAAAGAAAUCUGUUCAGAAACAUUGGUCUCUGUCGGUCCUUCAGUUAUCGCUAUUCUCCACAACAUCAUCAGCCACGUUUCAUUGCCUUCAGUGAUUGGGACUAUGUUUGCAAUUUUUUCAAAACCUCUGGCAGUGUUUUAUGAAAAAACAAAGCUUGCUGAUGCCAUUAAAGUCUACAGUAAUCUCAACAACAAGCUUGAAAAACUACUGGGCGAGAUUCUCCUGUGUUUGCAGUCUCACUGCACCGGCUCUUACGAUAGCAAACUGCUAGAGCAGGUUUCACCCUUGCUCUGUGUCGUAUUUCAGCACAAGAGCAAACAGAUCCGCAACCAGUGUGCCCACUUCUGGAAUGCAACCUUUGCAAAGACUACCUCAUUAAUAUAUCCUGAAGAAUUAAAAUCUGUGUUAAGCCAAGCCAAAAAGAAAAUUCCACUCUUGCUGCCUGGUUUUGAAAGCAUUGAGAUAGCUGAAGAAUACAGCGGCCCAUUCUCUGACGUGAUGGAAAAUUCACAGUUGGAUGCGAAGAUCAGUGGAAUAGACGUAAAGUUGGGUCAAAAACGAGACUCUAUAUUGGCCCAGACAAGUGAACUAAAAAAUGAAGUAAAAGACAAGUCCAGUAACGUGCAAGGAACAUCUGCAAAGCUGAAACUAGAGUUUUCAUCUUCAAAGACUAAAAAUGAGAUACUUCUGGAAGAGGAGAAAUCUGUUGAUUUUGUGUUUAUUCCUCCAGAAACAAAAGCAAGAAUACUGACAGAACAUCAAAAAGAAGUGCUUAGGUCAAAGAGAGUUGGUAUUCCUGUUAUGUACAACAAUUUGGACACGUCGCAAGAUAAUACCUUAUUUUCCCAGUAUACUCAAAGCCAGGAAGAUUCCUUGGAAAAACCAUCUAUAAAAGAAAAUGCAAAAGAAGACACUAAAAACAAGCCUGAGGAAGAAAAUGCAGAGAGUGAAGGAUGCACCAAGAAAUCUGGUGAAAUCACAGAGGACUGCAAAUCAGCUAAUCAUCUUGGGAAUGCUGCCAGUGUGAAAAAGUCACCUGUUAGCCACGCAGAGAACUCGACUUUAAACAGUGAGGGAGAGUCAAGAAGGGACACAGAUGAAGAGAUGCUGGAGGAGCCAUCAGUUGCAGAGGGAUUAGAAAAAAGCCCUGGGGAAACAGCUUCAAAAGAGCCCUUAGUAGGGAAUGAGAACACUUCAAACGUCAGCAACAGUUCAACCUCAAGUGACAUAAUUUCUGGAACGCCGCAGCCCGCGAGCCGGCGGCAAUCUUUUAUCACUUUGGAGAAAUUUGACAGCUCAGGGAACAGACCCUUCAGCCUCUCGCCACUGCACAGUUUAUCAGAGAUGUCUGGAACUCCUUCUGUGGCAGAUAAAAAACAGGAAAACACAAAUAUAGGCAAGACUAGUGCUAAACCAGAAAAAUCUGCAGAAGAAAAUAAAAAGUCUCUGAAGUCUGAGCCAGAACAAAUAUUUACUGCGAUCCGAAGGCUGACUCGCAGGCAGAGCAGGAUGGAGCACCAGGGGCGUAAGCAUUCCAGGUUGUCAGUUAGGUCAGAGCAAGAGAGAAGCACCCAGGAAUCUCUUGCUUACAGCAGCAUGGAAAACAGUCGUGAACUGUGUUCUACGGUAGAAGAGAUGGAACAUGUUCUCCUUGCUCAUUCCCAAGCUCUCCAUUCUACAGAAGUAGAAAUUAAAAAAGCUGAAGAUAUGAUAGCAGAAACAGAAAAGGCCCAGGUAUUGGAUACAGACUCUAAAGAAAAUACACCCCCCGAGGCGACCCCGUCGUCUGAGCAGGUCACAGGUGAUGACAGUCAGCUUCCACUCGUGUCUCCUCAUCAGAAAACACUAAGACGUUCUUACAGACUACGUUCAGAAACUCUAGAAGGUACAGCAGAUAGUCAAGAUAAAGAUGAUGGCUGCCAAAAGAGAGAGACAUGUAAAGAAGAUGAAAAAUCUGAGCAAAAGGAGAUGGUGGAGGCUACAGAUGAUGUAUCCCUAAAGGAGAAUGUGGUUUCUGGGAAAAGCACAGAAAAUACCAAUGAAAAGGAAAGCAGCCUACCUGAGAGAUCUGCUGCAGAGGACUUCAGCUCCAAGGAGUCUCCUGCUUUAAGGGACCUUGAUGAGGAAGUGACCAAAAGUGCUAAGAGGGCAGAAGAUAACUUGAGGAUUGACGCAGAAGGUCAAGACUGUAGCUCGAGUUCAGUUGUCCAGAAGAUUGAACGUCCACGGUACCACACAAGAAGAUCUUCACAAGGAUUGCUUUCCAGCAUAGAAAACUCGGAGGCUGAUGGCUCUGAGACCAAGGAAGAAAGCACAAAGAAGAAAAAAUAUGCAAAAGUGAAAAAUAGAAGUGAUUCUCUUGAAGGUAAAUUGAAAGAUCAACAGUUGGGAAGCCACAGCCAUGAGGUGUCUUCCCAAGGAAACGAAACUAAGGAUGUGUUGGAAGGAAAUAAAGGUGAACUGAGCCAUGAAGUCAGCACAGAUGCUGCAUCGACAUCUGAACCGUGUGACCUGGCAAACCAAGUAAUUCCUACAGACAGUAGCAAAGCUGUGGGAUCAGCCAGCUCAGAGAAUCCACCUGACACACGGAGCACGAAUACAGAACAAAACAAGGGCCAUACCUUGAUGGAGUUGUUCACCAGCCCCUGUGUGUCUGAUCAAGAUUCAAAAGCAGCAGAAGAAAAUAAACACCUUGAGAAGCCAACGACCACAGGAGACUCUUCAGCUGUUCUGCCUGAACCCACGCCAGGAGCAAACACUUCAGGUGCUGAUCUGUCCUCUGCGCAACUGCCCGAGUGUCAGCACAAAAGAAGUAAAAGGGUGAAAAGAUCGAGGAACUGUGAUUGCUGUUGUAAAAAGCCAAAGCAGCAACUGACGUCCUUCACUGAAUCAAAAAAGGAGAAGGCUCCUGAACUGAACCAGCCCCAAACCACCCCAGUUCAGGCGUCUGUAAGUAGAUCAGCGAUGUCUGGGAGCUCAAAUUUUGAGGAGAGCUUGUCCAUGGCACCUUGUGCCAUGAGCACUCCAUUACAUCCUCCUAAGGAACCCAGCACCUUUCACUUGGAAGGCAAGAGAACUUCUGAAGAUCAUCUGCAAGGAAAUGGUGCUGUAGUGGGGGUGGAUCUAGAGAAUCCAGAGUGUCCAGCUGCUGAAAUCACUGGCUCCAUGGUGGAAAUGAAAGAACCUGCUGAUCAGAACAACCAAACUGAAGAGUUUCUGUCUGAGCUCGUGUCAGACAAGCCUGGUGACAGCUCUCUGGCUGCAGAGGAUCAGAGCAAAGAACCAACCACUACAGAAAAAGACGAGAUAAGUCAGGAUGGACAACUGGAGGAGAAACCUGAGGGACUGGCUGUUGUUAUCAAACCUGAGAAAAACGAGAUGAAUGAGCUAGAAAGCAAUUGGGAUGGUGAAGAAGCAGUUGAGAACAUUGUAGGAGAAACUUGCAUUAUUCAAGACAGAGAGAUAAAGGAGGAAUUAGUGGAAACUGAAAUUACUGUGCCUGAAAACAUGACCAUAGACAGAGAAGAAGCAGUAGAAAAUAACGGUGUGGAGUCACCCCGAAAGCCAGAAGAUGAUGGUCUAGCGAUAGUUAAUGAAAGCCCCAAUGGUAUGCAGGUGCGCUGCAUGUGGUCUCCUUCAGCUUCUCCAUCCACCAGUAUUUUAAAGAGAGGUUUCAAAAGAAGCCAAGAAGAUGAUUCCCUGUCCCCUGCUAAUAAGAUUCGUCGCGUCUCUUUUGCAAACCCCAUCUAUCAAGAAGGACUGGCGGAUGACAUAGACAGGAGAAGUCCUGUUGUUAGAUCCCAUUCUUCUUCACCAUCCUCCCGAAGUCUGAAAAUCUUGUCUAAUACCCAGGUGAAGCAUAUUACCACUCCAACCAAAGGACUUCUGUCCCCAGGAUCUCGUAACCCUAAAUUUAAGAGCUCAAAGAAGUGUUUAAUUACAGAAAUGGCUAAGGAGUCACUGCCGUGCCCCACGGAAUGUGUGUAUCCCGCCUUGGUUGGCUGCAAAGCACCAGUUGAUGUGAUUUUACCUCAGAUUACAUCAAACAUAUGCGCCAGGGGCUUGGGGCAGCUCAUUCGGGCAAAGAACAUUAAGACAGUGGGUGACCUGAGUACUCUGACAGCAUCAGAGAUCAAAACUCUUCCCAUCCGCUCUCCCAAAGUUUCCAGUGUUAAAAAAGCUCUUAAAGGAUAUCAUGAGCAACAGCUGAAAUCUCGAGGAUUUGAGGAAAUUGCAGUGCUUGAAGAUGCAGAAAAGCCCGUAAAUAAUGUAGAGGAUAAAUGUCUUUCUGUCGAUGAAGAAAAACUUGCAACAGAUCUGAUUGAACCCAGUGUCUUGAACACCAAUGACCAGCCCACGGCGGAUCUCCUGAGCCAGAUGAACACUCUUGCUGCUCAGCUGACCUCUGAAGAUCUCCACAGCUAUUCAGGAAGUCAGCUUCUUGAGAUGCAAGAAAAACUUCUUGGCAUGAUAAACUGUAUCAUGAAAAACCUGCAGUCCCGCUGGAAAUCGCCGCCCCAUGAAGGUUCCGAUUAG